UUAGAUGCUUAAACGGCUGCCAAAAAUGUUUCUGUAUGCGGGUUAUCUUGAGAAACCCAGAAAAAGUAAAUAUAUGUUGCAGCUCCAGCUCUUCAUCAUGACAGUACUCUUCAUUGGUAAUCAGAUGAACAGAGCUGAAGAUCAAGGAGACCCUUCGUACUAUUACAACUCGUGUGCGCCCUCAACCUGUGACGGUUUCACCCUCACCGAUCCACUUGCAGUGGCACAAUUCUGUCACCCUUGGCACAUGGAAAUAAGCUGUCGUCGGAGCAACAAACUCAAGAAGCAGAAGCAGACUCUACUCUUCACCGAUAUUCAGACCAACAAAUCCUUCCGACUACUUCACACCAACAACUUCACGGCCACACUCGUUGACCGGGAGAUCCCCAUUGUGUCCUUCUUCUUGGCCAGCGACAGUUUCUUUAGAUGCGGCCCGGUCUCGGAGCCCAACUACACGGACCCUUCCUCUUAUACGGACUUCAAGCUCCCUCCCGAUUACGUCGCAGGGACUCACUUCAACUGCACCGUUCCAAUCCAAGGACUCCAGAAGGCCGCCUGUCUGGGCUGCCCCGCUCAGGACCCCACCAACUUCUGCUAUUAUGGACAUGGAUUCCUCUCGUACCCCAACUGCGAGACUUUCCACAUGUACACUAAGAGGAGUUUCAACGUGAGUGCUGAGAAGGAUCUGAGGGCAUACCUGAAGCGCGGGUAUGAGAUUUUGUACACCAAGCCCCUGCACUGCAGUGGAUGUCAAAAAACCGGGGGGAGGUGUGGCAUCAACCCUUCAUCCUCCUCUUCAUCUUGGUCUUCAUCACCGCCUUCCUUCGUUUGCUUUUGUCCCUUCACCGUGCAUCGUCUCAACUGUUCUGACGGAAUGAUCGUGGACAUAAGAACAUGGGCUAGUAGAGGAAGAUCUAGACCGCACAAAGUAUUAAUUAUUGCAGUGGUUUCAGCUGCGACCUCGAUGGUGUUUCUAGCACUUCUAGUCCUUAUUUUGAUCUUCCGAAGCAAGCAUAGGAUGGAACUGAAGAAGGAAGUGAACUUCAACACAUCCCCUUCAAGGUAUUCUUACGCUGAAAUCAAGAAGUUCACCAACAACUUAUCCACCAAACUAGGAGAGGGGGGAUAUGGAAGGGUCUACAAAGGAACCAUUCAUCAAAACGGGGUUGAUGUGGCAGUAGCAGUAAAGCUUUUGAAAUCCAAACAAAGCGAAAAGGAAUUCAUAAAUGAAGUUGCCACAACUGGAGCUGUACGUCACCAACAUCUAGUGAGUUUGCUUGGCUAUUGUGCUCAAGGGAAAACGCGUGCAUUGGUUUAUGAGUUCAUGGAAAGAGGAUCCUUAGACAAGUACAUAUACAGUACUAGGAAAGUAGGAGGAGAUGAUGAAGAAGAAGAAGAAACCAGUUUUGAGAGGUUAAGCCAUAAACAGACGUAUGAAAUAGCCCUGCAAAUUGCUAAAGGGAUACUAUACUUGCACCAAGGGUGUAGGCAUAGGAUCUUGCAUUUUGACAUUAAACCUCACAAUAUGUUGUUAGAUUCCAACUUCACAGCUAAAGUGGCAGAUUUCGGACUCGCUAGAAUGAUGGGUGAAGAUCAUAGCCAUGUUUCCUUGACAAAGGCUCGAGGAACUCCAGGGUAUGUUGCACCGGAAAUGUGGUUGAUGACACAUGGUCCCGUGACUGAAAAGUCGGAUGUGUACAGCUAUGGGAUGAUGCUCCUCGAGAUGGUGGGUAGGAGGAAGAAUUGUAAUCCGGAGGCAAACGAAUCCAGCCAAGUCUACUUUCCCAUGUGGGCAUACAACAAGAUCAAGAAUGGGGAACUGCCUUUGUUACCAAUGAUCAGAAUGGGAGAAGAUGUUGCCAUUGAGGUUGAAGAAGAAUGUGAAAGAGAAGAUGGAGAGGUAGAAAUACUCCUAAAGAGGAUGUGCUUGGCAGGUCUAUGGUGCAUCCAGUACAUCCCUUCGAAUAGGCCAUCCAUGGAUAGAGUGAUCCAAAUUUUGAAAGGAAAUGUCGAAGUCGGAAUCCCUCUUCAUCCAUUUCCCCAACUUACUGCAGAAAAUAUGGAGUAUUACAGCAACAAUUCUUCUGCUCCUUUCACUGCUGGUAGUGUCAGUUGGUCACUAGAACCACGAUAAUGAUCAGUUGGUCUCUUUUGGAUAGAUAUAUAUAUCUAUCUGUAUUAGCAUCAGAUUCGGUUUCAGUAUACUUGAGUACCACUACAUAUAACCCACAGGGUGUAUUGUGUACUAAAUAAUAUACAUAAGUAUUUGAAGUGGU